UAGUUCGCACUGUCAGCAAGUGUGAGAACGACCUUGCGCAAUUAUAGAUAGAGGGAGUUCAAAAUUUGUGUCGAUUCGAGGUUGAUAAGAUCUCUGGAAACGGUUCUGCAUAUGUGGACCGUUGGCAAAUACAGCAGCCUGGAGAUUGUCGUCAACGGGGAAAUCGAGUACAAGUGAGUCAAUUGUGUUGGAGCGAUUGAACCAAACUUUGUGGAUGGCACUGCGUGACUAAUGCAGGUUUACCACACACUCGUAAAGAACGCUGUCGAAGAAAAUCCCGACGACGUAAUCAAGUCACGAAGAUUCUACCAGCAGCUGAAAUUUGCUUAGUACGCUUGAGCGCCUCGAUUAGUAAGGUCGGCAGUCACUUUAUUUAUUCACACAGUCUCUGUAUCGACGUUCUGCGUGCGGGUAAGCUAGCAAGGGGUUUUGUCGUCGCCCACCAGUUGUAUAUCACAAAAAGGUGUUCUGCAAGUGUUCAACCACGUUUCGGUAGCCGCUCCCAACGAAAAAAUGGUCUCCAUUCGACAAAUCUCUCCGGAGCUGGAGGAGAAGUGCCGCACCGAGUUGAACGAAGUUCCGAGCCGGAUUCCGGAAGAUCUGGCCGCGCUGAAGCAAUGGCUAGCGAAGCAACCUCACCUGAAUCCACGAACGGGCGACCAGUUCCUGGUUGGGUUUCUCCGAGGUUGCAAGUACAGCUUGGAGAAGACCAAAGAGAAGCUGGACAGCUUCUACACGGUCAAGACAGCGAUUCCGGAGUUCUUCGAAAAUCGUGACCCAACUGAUGCGAAACUGCAGGAAUACAUGAUGCUGGGAGUCAAUCUCCCGCUACCUCACACGAUGGGUCCCGCUGGCCCUAGGAUCGUCCUGGUUCGCAUGGGCUCGUACGACCCCAGCAAGUACUCUAUCGUGGACAUCAUGAAGGUAUGCUACAUGAUUACCGAUCUACAGCUGAUCCACGACGACACCACCAUCAUCGCUGGCCACAUGGUGCUGGUGGACCUGCGGGGAAUGGGUCUCUCAACGCUGUCCCAGAUGAGUCCCACCUUAAUCAAGAAAAUGACCUCCGUCAUCGAGGCGUUCCCCAGCCGCACGAAGGGAAUCCACUUUGUUAACCCGUCGACGGGGUUCGACGCUCUCUUCAAGAUGUUCCACGGGUUCCUGAGCAAGAAGAUCCAGGAGCGAAUACAGGUGCACGAGUCGUUCGAGGCGCUGCACAAGGUCAUCCCGAGGUCGUACCUGCCGGAGGAGUACGGUGGGCAGGGCGGUGCGCUCGUCAGCAUUAUCGAAGACUGCAAGAACAAACUGGUGGCGCACCGGGAGUUCUUCCUGGAGGAUGACCGGUACCGGAACGAUGAGAGGAAACGGCCCGGCAGGCCAAAAACGGCUGGGACGCUGUUUGGCGUGGAGGGAUCGUUCCGGAGUUUGGAGUUUGAUUGAGAGGGUAGGGAAAGGUGACAAGGCAAGUGACGUAUUUACAAAUUAAAUUGAUGUGCAUUUUUUUUGUUAAUU